UACAUACAAAAAAUGGUUUAAGAAGGUAAAGCUCAGUUUUUCAACUGAUAAGAUAUUUUUGGGCUUUUUAUAUAGCGUUGGAUAUUUGUUAGAGGUUAAACAAUUCAGAAAUAGGUUAAUUAAGGGGAUAUUAAAUCUCAGACGACACCUAUUUGAAACGAAAAAUGGACCCCGCGACGCCACAGGAUGAUACAGACGCUAAAGGGUUUAUAGGAUCCUUGCUGAAAACGUUCGUCUGCGGAGGUAAUGUUGGUGCGCGUUCCAAGGCUUUUAUGGACAUUGGAGAUAUUGAAAAUGAGGAGGAGAUUGAGGAGGCCUACAAGAGAGUCGCCCCAGCAUUCAGUCGUACUGAGUUAUUGUCCGACAUGUACAAAAUGGAUUUCCCGCGCAGGGGACUGGCAGUUGUUAUCAAUAACAAAACGUUUUCAUCGGAAAUGCAAAAGAAAGGUUACGGAGUCCGAACAGGAACUGAUAUAGACGCUACUAGAAUGUGCAGUAGGCUUAAAAUGCUUGGAUUUGAAAUAGAACGUUACCAUGACGCCACGUGCAAGGAAAUAAAAAUGGCGUUCUCUAAUGCUGCAGCUAAAGAUCAUAGAGACGCAGACUGUUUCGUCGGUGUUAUAUUAAGCCAUGGAGAAAAAGACAAAAUUUAUGGUGUAGACGGACCUAUUGAAACAAACGACAUAUUUCAGUAUUUUAAAGGUUUCGCUUGUGAGACGCUAGCGGGGAAACCAAAGAUAUUCUUCAUUCAAGCGUGUCGAGGCCAUCAACUUGAUGCAGGGGCAAAUCUAAAUGUUGCAGACGCACAGCGCUUUGAUUACGAGGCAGAACCGGAAGAAGAAAUACGGAUCCCAAACGAAGCUGAUUUUAUAGUAUCGUAUUCUACAGUGCCCGGAUAUUAUUCUUGGCGAAAUUCUGCAAAUGGUUCUUGGUACGUGCAAGCACUUGUACUUCUACUUGACAAAUAUGGCACAACAAUGGAGAUUAAAAAACUGCUGACUCAACUUAACAAAUGUGUGGCCUAUUGUGACAGGUAUAUGUCAAAUACAGACGAUCCGAAAAUGCAUGGAAUGAAACAAAUUCCAUCUUUCACAUCAAUGUUGACAAAAGAUUUAUACUUUAAACCAAAGAAAUGAAACAUGCUAAAAUAGCGUAAACACAUUAACAAUGUUGACAAUGUUUGUUUGACUUAACUCAAAAAUCAAAGAGUAAACAUUUCUAUAAAUUCCAAGAGAAUGAACACAUUCUUACUAUGUCAGUGCCAUCAGUGUUGACUUUUAGCCCAAACCUUUAUUAUGUUUUGUUAUAUCUAGAUCUAAAGACGUGUCCAGGCUGUUGGAUAUCAUUUAUUUUCUUUUUCUUUGUUUUCGUGUUGCUAUACCAUUUUUGGUGUAGAAUGUAGAUUUGUGUUAUGUUAACCUUUCCGUUAUAUUUAAAUACUUUCAUUUCAUAAUAUUUAUAAUGUCCAUCUUUACAAAAUUAUCCUGGGCUUGGUGAUCACUUACAGAAUGGUCAUUUUGUAAGUUUCAAUAUAUCCCUAUAGUGAUAAGCAUUAGCCACCAGUAUAAAACUAGGCCAGCUUUUGGGUCCGCGCGGCUUUAACGGGAUCUAUAUUGUUGGUAACUUCAUUUUGGUAUCACUUAAACUUCAAUUGAACUGUUUCAAAUUCAAAUAUGCGAAAAUCCAUUAAACAAAAUCAGGAGGAAAGAUUUUAAGACUCUGGCCUAAAGACUAUACGUGCAUGUUUGAGUUUGUAAUUAAGGGACCAUGAACGAGCUUUUUAUUUUUAUUUUUCAAAACCUUUUAUUUUGUGUUGCCCUGUAACAGUUUCCAAAAAGAUUCUCAUUGGUUGUACAGCUAAGCCAUCUUUUGUAAUUAUUGUGAUUUUAUAUUUUGUAUGGAAGUUAAAAUACCAAUGUGUUUACAAUUUGUUGAGUCUAAGUGUGCCUGUAUAGGUGUCAACUGAUACACACGAUUGGUGUUCAUACAAAAUUAAUACGUUCAUAUGAGUUCUACUUUAUUUUCAAAUAAAAGAGAAUGGUCCAAGAACGGACUGACCUGGCACUAUACUGGUGACGUUGUCAAAAUAAGUCCUAUUGUCAUGGUCAGCUUUGAAAGCUUUUUACUUUCAUUCAGUUAAAAAUUAGGAAAUAUGCAUGCAUAAUUAUAAUAUAGUGCCAUUAUGUUGA